AUGAGAGGAGAAGCUGCUGAGCGCAUUACUUGUCCCAGCCAAAACUUGCCUGCCGCUGUCUGCAGCAACCAGGUAUAUCCUGCAGAUUUAACCACACCAGACUGUACACCAAGCCGGCACUUAUCUGCACAGUACCCACAAUUGUGCCAUGAAUCUUUGAAUCCUGCAAUUCCAGAACAAUCAGCACAGCUUUACACUCAGCCAGGAAUUGACCUCCUGAACAAAUCUAAGAGAUGUGAUCCAACAAGAAUUGUUUUGAUCGUGCUUUUGCUGUUGGUCAUAUUCGGAGGAGCUGCAGCCAUUUUGUGGUAUUUUGUCUGCGAGAUUCCAAAUGGUAGAGUUUACUUCAGUGGUUCAGUUCACCUUGUAAAUGCCAUCUUCAAUCCUGCAUUAACAGACAGCAGAUCCUCUGAGUUCAUCCACUUAGCCAAUCAGGUUAAGGAACCAUUGGCUGAAAUGUUUAGAAGAUCGCAGUUGGCACAACGUUUUGUCAGUGUCAAUGUCAUCGCCUUUAGUGAAGGAAGUGUUUUAGCUUACUUCAUGCUUACAUUCUCUGUGGGGAAAAAUAGACUUCUGGAAGACAAAAAGGUCCUACACGCAGUUGAUGUGGUUAAGGUAUUGAAUAACUACAUGAGGAAAACAACUGAAUCAAGCAAUACAACAGAGCGUUUGGAAAAGUUUCAUGUAGACAUUAAUUCUAUUAACAUUUAUGAAACAGAAAAUGAUGAGCAUUCUCUCUUCUCGGAAGAAGCAUGUCCUGUGACUGAUAGAAGAAUCCAAUGGCAUAAAGCGUCAUCAUGUCGUUGGGAGAUGAGAGCGCCUGAAAACCAUUUGCUGCAAAUCACAAUUGAGAAAUAUUUUAUGAAUGAUGAUUGUAGCCUGAAUUACAUUGCACUUUACGACUCAUUGGUGCCUGGAAAAAAGAAACUAAUCAUCAGGAUUUGUUCCAGCAGCCAACUCUUUCCCUUGCAGACCUUCACUGUGACAUCUUCAGGGAAUGUGAUGUUGGCUAUAUUCUUUUCACAAUCCCAAAGUAUGAAUCAAUUUGAAGCUACAGUACAAUAUAUCAAGACAACAACCUGUGGUGGAACUAUAACUGCUUAUAAUGGAUCACUGGCCUCUCCAUUGUAUCCCAGUAACUACCCUCCAAAUAUCAACUGCCUCUGGACAAUUACAGUACCGAACCCAAAGCUGAGACUCCGGAUCCAGUUUCCAACCCUGAGAUUGGAAGGCUUACAGCCAAACUGUGAAAAAGACUGGAUUUCGAUUGAUGGUAAACGAUACUGCGGUGAACACUCCAGGUCUUUGGUGGUGCCUAGUGUCUCUAAUGUUCUAAAAGUACAGUUUCACUCAGACUUUUACACCAGUAAUCUUGGUUUUCGUGCUGAAUACAGCAGCUUUGAUCCUGAAGAAGAAUGCAAAGGAAUGCACAUAUGUGGAGAUGGAAAAUGUGAGCUCAUGAGCAACAAGUGUGAUGGUUGGUUUCACUGCAAAGAUAAAAGUGAUGAGAUGAAUUGUGUGUGCACAGCAGAACAGUUUAAGUGUCAUAAUAAUAUGUGUAAGCCCUUAAUCUGGGUCUGUGAUGGAGUUGAUGACUGUGAAGAUAUGAGUGAUGAAAGCAACUGUGAUUGCCCAGCUGGGUUCUUCAGCUGCCAGAAGAGUAACUGUUUGUCCAUUAGUACCUUAUGUGAUGGAAAUGUUGACUGUCCUGAUGGCAGUGAUGAGGACGACUGUGAAAAAAUGGACAUCAAGUGCACAACCAACACUUACAAGUGUGCCAACAAAAAAUGCAUUGCCAAACCCAAUGCAGAAUGUGAUGGUGUAAUAGAUUGUUUGGACCAUAGUGAUGAAUCCAAUUGUGACUGUGGAAACCGACCCUUCCUUCAAAGUCGAAUUGUCAAUGGUAAUGAUGCGGAGCUUGGUGAGUGGCCCUGGCAAGUCAGCCUCCACUUUGAUACCUUAGGGCAUACUUGUGGUGCAACGCUGAUAAAUACUGGGUGGCUUCUAUCUGUCUCACAUUGUUUCCACGAUGUGUAUCCCUACAAGUACUCUGAUCGACUAUUAUGGAAAGCAUACAUUGGACUUCAUUCCCAAAGUUUUUCGGAAAGCUUUGUAGAAACACGACUGAUUAAACGGAUGAUUAUUCAUGAGCAAUUCAAUAAUUUCACAAUGGACUAUGAUAUAGCCUUGCUUGAACUUUCAGAACCUGUAGUGUACAAUAAUUACAUUCAACCAGUGUGUCUUCCAUCAGCAUUACAUGUGUUUCCUGCAAAUCGAAAAUGUUAUAUUACUGGUUGGGGUUUACUGCAAGAAGAAGGUCGUCUUCCUUUGGUCCUUCAAAAGGGUGAAGUAAGAAUCAUUAAUCAAACAACAUGCAAUAACUUUAUAGGAAACAUUGUGUCAUCACGAAUGCUUUGUGCGGGAUAUCUUACUGGACAAGUAGAUGCCUGUGAAGGUGAUUCUGGAGGACCAUUGGCUUGUGAGGAACCAUCAGGAAAGUGGUUUCUCGCAGGAAUUGUGAGCUGGGGACAAGGAUGUGGUCGAUAUGGGCACCCUGGAGUUUACACGCGAAUUACAAAGUUUCAAGACUGGAUUCGGAGAAACAUGGGAAUCAGCAUCAAUUGA